AUGCAUUUCACUACCAUCCUCGCUGUGUCAGCUUCUCUCGUCACCCUGGGCUACGCUGCCGACCCUCUCUCCUUCACCAGCUGGCCGGCAGAUAUCGCCGCCGGCAAGCCCGUCACUCUGACAUGGGCCGGUGCUAAUACUCACGCGCCUGUCACUCUUACUCUCCGAAAGGGUACUUCGGGAAACCUGCAGGACGUGGAGACCAUUACCGACCAGGCUAAGGACGGUACUUUUACCUGGACCCCCGGCGCGAACAUCAAGGAGGGCGAGACCUAUGCCUUCCAAGUCACCCAGGAUGGCGAGCGUAACUACUCUGCUUUGUUGACGGCUGCUGCCCCUGCCAACCCCCAAGCUUCCGAAGCCACCCAGACCGGUACUUCCGCAUCCACCACCGCUGCUCCCACUGGAACCACGAGCAUGUCCAGCAGCGAGAUGACCGGCACUACCAGCAGGGCUUUGAUCAGCUCUUCAGUCUCUGGCACUCCAUCUAGCACCCCUACCUCCACCUCUGCCACCAGCUCCAUGUCGGCCGAAGCUCCCUUUGGCACCGAUGAUUCAGUUAUGAAUGGAAAGGAGGCAUCCGAGACCGCGGGUGUUCAGAGCUCUGCGUCAAUUUCGCGAUACUCUGUUGGGCUAGCAGCAGGUGCCAUUGCUGCGCUUUUCUACAUUGGAUUUUAA